AUGGAUCCAAGCAAGGAGGGCUUGCUCUCUCCCCAAAACCGCUUCCGCAGCUCGCUCGACGGCCGCCGACGGGCCUCGUCCGACACAGAAUCCGACAUCGAUGCCACCGAGUUCCUCACCUCCGAUCCGCUAGCCAAUCCCUCCAAGAACGACCAGCAGCCCGCCUUCCUCCGCGCUCAACGACAAGGCCGCCUCGCUGCUCUCAGACGACCCUUCCGCACGCGCUCACGCUGUUGCAUCAUCACAUUGGCUGUCAUUGGCAUACUAUGGCUUCUUCUCGGGGCGGGCGGGGCCUUUGUGUACAAGAAAUAUCAGGAAGAACCUCCGUACGGCCAGUCUCCGCCAUGGUAUCCUGCCCCCAGGGGCGGGACAGCCGCCUCGUGGGCUGAGAGCUACAAGAAGGCCGCAGACAUGGUCAGCAAGAUGACCCUUCCGGAAAAGGUGAACGUCACCACCGGCACUGGCUGGGAGAUGGGGCUUGCCGUCGGCACCAACGGGCCUGCUGUGCACGUUGGCUUCCCUCAGCUGCAGCUCCAGGACGGCCCGCUGGGUAUUCGCUUCGCCGACAACGUCUCCGCAUUCCCUGCCGGCAUCACUGUCGGUGCCACCUGGAAUAAGGAGCUGAUGUACCUGCGAGGUAAGGCCCAUGGCGCCGAGGCCAAGGCUAAGGGAAUCCACGUCCUCUUAGGCCCCUGUGUUGGGCCACUGGGGCGGAUGCCCGCAGGCGGCCGGAACUGGGAAGGAUUUGGGGCGGAUCCGUACCUGCAAGGCAUUGCUGGCGCGGAGACAGUCAAGGGCAUCCAGAGCGAGGGCGUCAUGGCCACCAUCAAGCACUUCGUCGCCAAUGAGCAGGAGCACUUCCGUCAGCCUUGGGAGUGGGCCCUGCCGCAUGCCAUCAGCUCCAACAUUGAUGACCGAACACUGCACGAAAUCUACGCUUGGCCCUUUGCAGACGCAAUCAAGGCUGGCGUUGCCAGUGUCAUGUGCAGCUACAACAUGGUCAACAACAGCUACGCCUGCUCCAAUUCCAAAUUGCUCAAUGGCAUCCUCAAGGACGAAAUGGGCUUCCAGGGCUUUAUCAUGAGUGACUGGCUGGCCCAGCGCUCCGGCGUUGCCAGCGCUCUCGCGGGUUUGGACAUGACCAUGCCCGGAGAUGGCUUGCGGUGGCAGAACGGCAAGUCGCUUUGGGGGAAGGAGUUGACCAAGUCGAUCUUGAACGGAUCCGUACCAGUCGAACGGCUAAACGACAUGGUCACUCGUAUUGUUGCAGCUUGGUACCAGCUCGGGCAAGACGAUCCGGCAAAGUUCGACAACAGUGGACCCAACUUCUCGUCGUGGACCGACGAGCCCAAGGGAAUUAUGGCCCCUGGUAGCCCGACAGAACAGGAACAGGUCGUUGUGAACAAGUACGUCAAUGCGCAAGGAAAUCAUUCGGCCAUCGCGCGACAAGUUGCUGCUGAGGGCAUCGUCUUGCUGAAGAAUCAGGGUGUGCUUCCCCUGAACCGAAAGGGUAUUGCUAAUGGAAAACGCCGACACGAAGGCAAAUACAAGGUUGCUGUCUUUGGAGAAGAUGCCGGUCCCGGAGACGGCCCCAACUCAUGCAAGGACCGGGGCUGCAACCAGGGCACCCUGGGGUCCGGCUGGGGUAGUGGAGCUGUUGAGUUUCCGUACUUAGUCACUCCGGUCGAUGCACUUCGUGCCAGCUUUGAUGACAGCGAGGUUGAGUUCUCUGCAUAUCUGACAAACUCCGCUCCCAGGGGGUCCAACUCCAGCCACCUUGCCGAUCAAGACACUUGCCUUGUCUUUGCAAAUGCUGACUCGGGAGAAGGUUUCAUUGGAUGGGGUUCUGUACGAGGAGAUCGGCCUGAUCUCCAGCUCCAAAAGGGAGGCGAUGAGCUGAUCGCGCAAGUAGCCGCCGGCUGUGGUGGAGAUACCGUUGUCAUUGUCCAUUCAGUCGGUCCAGUCAUCAUGGAGAAGUGGAUAGAGUUAGAGGGGGUGAAGGCGGUUUUAUAUGCAAACCUUCCGGGCCAAGAGAGUGGCAACGCUUUGGUAGAUGUGCUUUUUGGCGACGUGAACCCUUCCGGAAAGCUACCUUAUACAAUAGGCAAGUCUCUUGAUGACUACGGCCCUGGAGGCAAGAUCAUGUACCUGCCAAACGGUGUCUUACCUCAACAAGACUUCAGUGAAGGCCUGUAUAUUGACUACCGCCACUUCGACAAGGAGGCGAUCGACCCACGCUUUGAAUUUGGCUUCGGAUUGAGCUAUACCACGUUUGAGUACACAGGCUUGAAAGUCUCACCAAUCAAAGCCAAGACUGUCCUGCCUGCCUCACGGCCCAAGCCGGCUGCUGAGCCACCAACCUACGACAGCGCUAUCCCCGACGAAAAGGAGGCUCUCUGGCCUAACAACAUCCGCCCGCUCGACAAGUAUAUCUACCCCUACCUAGAUAACAUCGACGAUAUCGUGACUAAACCUUACCCCUAUCCUGACGGUUAUAACGUGGUACAACCUCUCUCCGGAGCUGGUGGUGACGAAGGCGGCAACCCCGACCUAUGGCAGACGUAUGUCAGCGUCCAUGUCGAUGUCAAGAACACCGGUGAAAGGGCUGGCAAGACUGUGGCACAGUUAUAUAUCGCUUAUCCGCAAGGUGGCAGCAGGAUUGAUUUUCCCGAAAAGGUUCUUCGCGGUUUUGAGAAGGUCUACCUGGAGCCUGGCGAGACGAAGACGGUUGAGUUCAACUUGACGAGGAGGGAUCUCAGCUACUGGGACGUACGUCACCAGAACUGGAUGAUUCUCCUCGCGGGACAGUACACUUUCAUGGUUGGUAGCAGCUCUCGUGAUCUGACAGUUUCGGGGACUUGGUAA